UCGGUGGAAUUAGACGAUCCGGAAGGUUUCUACAUUUUUUUCGAAUCACUUUUACUUGAAAUGAUGAAAAUGGGUAUCCUUAUACCACGUGUCGAUCCUGAAUUGCGCGAGAAGCUAGAGAAUUACGCGGUGGACGUUGCCGAAGAAAAAGGUAUCGUAUUUAUGUUAGAAGAAACUUGUAAUCGAGUUAAACUAGCCUUGACAGAAGUAAAAAAGCAUGCUCUGGUAUACGAAAACUAUUCCUGGUUGUGGACAGACGAUAAGCAAGAAUAUUUGUCUUAUUUUUUGAAAUUCGCUCAAUACAUAAAUCCCGAGCAAAGGGAGAUGAUCGAACAACAUCCAGAAUAUCUUCCAGAAAAUUUGAAGGAAAAGAAACCGGAUUUGAAAGACUUCAAACGGGAAAUUGACUUUUUCAUCGAUUUGUACAACGAGUGUGAUAAACUGCAAAACGAAGAGGUCCUUUGUCAAUGGUUGAGACUCGAUAUAAAGCCUUUCAAACAGACUCUUUUAAACGUUAUUUGCAAAUGGUCCAACGUGCUCAAGGAUUAUUUGGUCAAGCGUAUUACCACUCAAUUGGAGGAAUUAUCGAAAUUUUUGAAAGCGGCAAUGGAAAAUUUCUCACGUCCUAUUCAGGAAGAUGAUUACGAUGCGCUUCUGGAAACCAUAUAUUAUCUAAAAGAAGUAAGAGAUCGCCAGUAUGAGAUCGAAGAUAUGUUCGAUCCUAUUAAGAAAACUAUAGAACUUCUACAAACUUAUAAUGUGAUUAUAGAGGAGAAAAUUUUCAAUUGGCUCACAGAGUUACCCGUCAGUUGGGAAACAUUGAAAAAAGUAGCUGCUCAAGUGAAACAUGUUGUACAACCUUUGAUGACUCGACAGAUCGAACUUUUGAAGAAGAGGCUAAGCUAUUAUGAUUUUAAACAGCAACAUUUCUUGGAACAAUUCCAUAAAGAAGAUAUUUUCAAUCCAGUGUGCAAGAAUCCCUAUGAGAAAUUAAAUGAAUCGCGCGAACAAAUUUUGAAAUUCCUGUCCGAAGAGACAGACUUACACGGCCAGAUUGCAAUUUUUGAGCAAGAAAUGCCUGAAUUUAAAGUAACGAAACAGAUACAAAAAGAGAUGCAACUUUUGAAAAUGGUUUGGGAUUAUGUGAACGUGAUCGAGACGUCUCUAAACGAAUGGAAGAAAACCACAUGGAAGAAAUUGGAUAUAGAAUGGAUGGAUCAAGAAUGCAAAAAAAUCCUUAGAGAAUUAAGACAAUUGGACAAAGAUGUUCGUCCUUGGGAAUUGUAUAACAACAUAGAAGCAGAAGUGCGAAAUAUGAUGGCAUCGUUGAGAGCGGUUUCAGAAUUGCAGAAUCCAGCGAUUAGAGAUAGACAUUGGAGAGAAUUAAUGGCUGAAACGAAGGUGGUAUUUAUAAUGACAGACACUACCACGUUGGAAGAUUUAUUAAAAUUGCAAUUGCACAAAUACGAAGAAGAAGUUAAAAAUAUCGUGGCUAAAUCGGUAAAGGAAAUGGCGAUGGAAAAAGUGUUGAAAGAGUUGCACGAUACAUGGAGCACUCUCGAAUUUGACAAAGAGCUACACGAGCGUACGAAAUUAUAUGUUCUUAGAAUCGACGAGCAAACUAUCGAAAUCCUUGAAGAGAAUCAGGUGCAAUUACAAAAUAUGUUAGGGUCCAAAUUCGUUGGAUAUUUCCUGGAGGAAAUUCUCGAUUGGCAAAAAAAAUUAAGCACCGCGGAUGCGGUGAUCAAUGCAUGGUUCGAAGUUCAACGGGCAUGGAUACAUCUCGAAAGUAUCUUCAUCGGUUCUGAAGAUAUUAGAAGCCAACUUCCCGAAGAAUCGAAACGAUUCGAAAAAAUUGACAAAGAGUUUAAAGAAUUACUGAAGGAAAUGUUGAGCAAUUUAAAUAUCGUAAAAGCAACGAGUCGACCGAAACUUUUAGAGAAACUGGAGGAUUUAGAAUUUCAAUUAAAUCUUUGCGAAAAAGCUUUAGCAGAUUAUUUGGAAACAAAAAGAUUAAUUUAUCCAAGAUUUUAUUUCAUUUCCUCGGCAGAUCUACUCGAUAUUUUAAGCAAUGGAAACAUACCUGAAUUAGUCUGCCGACAUUUGUCAAAAUUGUACGAUUCUAUUGCAAAAUUAAUGUGGAAAAUGGAACACGACAAACCAACGAAACAAGCGAUAGUUAUGAUCGCCAAAGAUGGUGAACAUAUGGCUAUUUAUGGAAAUUGUGAUUGUAGUGGAAAGGUGGAGAUUUGGUUGAAUAACGUGACAGAUGCGAUGAAGAGAUCCGUGAGGUAUCAUAUAUCUCAGGCGGUAUUCACUUACGACGAGAAACCACGAGAGCAAUGGAUUUUCGAUCAUCAAGCGCAACCCGCAUUAUGCGGUAGUCAAAUUUGGUGGACAACAGAGGUGAAUAUGGCUUUCGCGAGAUUGGAAGAAGGUUUCGAAAACGCGUUUAAAGAUUAUCAGAGAAAGCAGAUUAAUCAGUUGAACGCGUUGAUAACAAUACUCUGCGGGGAUUUGAUCGAAAGCGAUCGAAGAAAAAUUAUGACGAUUUGCACGAUUGACGUGCACGCGAGAGAUGUCGUAGGGAAAAUGAUCACGAUGAAGGCAGAAAGUUCUUCCAGUUUCCAAUGGCAAUCCCAGCUAAGACACAGAUGGGACGACAAAGUUGGCGAUUGUUUCGCCGAUAUUUGUGAUGCUUCGUUCAAAUAUGAUUACGAAUAUUUGGGCAAUGUUCCACGAUUGGUGAUAACACCUUUGACAGACAGAUGUUACAUCACUUUAACGCAAUCCUUGCAUCUCAUAAUGGGUGGAGCACCAGCUGGCCCAGCUGGAACCGGAAAAACGGAAACCACGAAAGAUUUGGGAAGAGCAUUGGGCCAAAUGGUCUACGUAUUCAAUUGUUCCGAGCAAAUGGAUUACAAGUCCUGUGGAAAUAUUUAUAAAGGUCUUGCACAAGUAGGAGCAUGGGGUUGUUUCGAUGAAUUCAAUCGUAUUUCGGUAGAAGUAUUAUCGGUAGUUGCCGUGCAAGUGAAAUCGGUUUUAGACGGGGUGAAACACCGUAAACCAACAUUCCUAUUCUUUGGAGAGAUUCUUAAUAUUGUCCCCACCGUUGGAAUGUUCAUUACCAUGAAUCCUGGCUAUGCUGGAAGGACGGAAUUGCCGGAAAAUUUGAAAACUUUAUUCAGGCCUUGCGCCAUGGUAGUUCCAGAUUUUGAUUUAAUUUGCGAGAUAAUGCUGGUAGCAGAAGGUUUUCAAGAAGCUAGAUUAUUGGCAAGGAAGUUUAUUACGUUGUAUCAGCUUUGCCGGGAACUUCUAUCGAAACAAGAUCACUACGAUUGGGGUCUACGAGCGAUUAAAUCGGUUUUAGUAGUCGCUGGUAAAUUAAAGAGAGGCGAUCCCGAUAGAGCCGAGGAUCAAGUGUUAAUGAGAGCCCUCAGAGAUUUCAACAUUCCGAAAAUUGUGACGGACGAUGUACCCGUGUUCAUGGGUCUUAUCGGAGACUUGUUUCCUGCUUUGGACGUACCGCGAAAAAGAGAUUUUGAUUUCGAGAUGACAGUUCGAAAAUCCACUUUGGAUCUUAAAUUGCAACCAGAGGAUGGUUUUAUAUUAAAAGUUGUCCAGUUAGAAGAAUUGCUUCAUGUUCGUCACUCGGUUUUCAUCGUUGGGUUUGCCGGAACUGGGAAGACCGAAGUUUGGAGAACGCUUAAUCGAACGUAUUUUAAUAAUCAAUUAAAACCCUAUUACAAUGAUUUGAAUCCAAAAGCUGUUACGAACGACGAACUUUUUGGUGUGAUCAAUCCAGCAACACGAGAAUGGAAAGAUGGAUUAUUCUCUGUGUUAAUGAGAGAUCAGGCAAAUAUGGCGGGACCCGAUCCUAAAUGGAUUAUUUUUGACGGUGAUAUAGAUCCAAUGUGGAUCGAGUCGUUAAACACUGUGAUGGAUGACAAUAAAGUGUUGACUUUGGCUAGCAACGAAAGAAUCGCUUUAAACCCAUCCAUGAGACUUCUAUUUGAGAUUUCCAAUCUUAGAACUGCAACACCGGCUACCGUUUCCAGAGCUGGAAUUCUUUACAUAAAUCCCCAAGAUAUUGGCUGGUAUCCAUUUGCGAUUAGUUGGAUAGAAACAAGAGACCCAGCAGAGAGAGCGAAUUUAACUAUUUUAUUCGAUAAAUAUGUGCCGACCCUGAUAGAAGUGACAAAAUUUAGAUUUAAAAAAAUUACGCCGUUACCAGAAAUCUGUCACGUCGAGAUGCUUUGCAAUUUACUGGAUUUCUUUCUAGUUAAAGAGAACGUAACACCAGAAUCCCGAAGGAAUGGUAUAAAUGAAAAUAACGAAUCAUUUAAAUUUAAAUCUCUCUAAUGUUUCUCCUUAAACAGGUAUGAAUUGUACUUUGUUUUUGCAUGCAUUUGGGCAUUUGGAUCGGCCACUUUUCAAGAUCAAUUGAUCGAUUGGCGAAACGAGUUCAAUAAAUGGUGGCAAAAUGAAUUUAAAACCGUCAAGUUUCCCACUGGUGGAAAUGUAUUCAAUUUUUUCAUCGAAAACGAAACGAAAAAAUUGGUUCCUUGGACCGAGAAAGUGACAACCUUUGAGUUGGAUACUGAUAUACCGUUACAAAAUACUUUAGUUUCAACUGCUGAAACUGCACGUUUAUUCUUUUUCUUGGAUGUUUUUAUACAAGAACGUGUGCCAGUGAUGUUAAUAGGUGCAGCUGGAUCAGGAAAGAGUGUGAUCAUGGCUGAAAAACUCGCAGCUCUUCCUGAUACUUAUAAUAUUGCGAACGUGCCCCUUAAUUAUUAUACCACAUCUGAAAUGCUGCAAAGAAUAAUGGAAAAACACUUGGAGAAAAAGACCGGUAGAAAUUUUGGGCCACCUGGUAUGAAAAGAUUGAUCUAUUUCAUCGAUGACAUGAACAUGCCCGCAAUCGAUACUUACGGAACCGUCCAACCUCACACACUCAUUAGACAACAUAUCGAUUAUAAUCAUUGGUACGAUAGAACGAAAUUAACAUUAAAGGAAAUACAAAAUACGCAAUACGUAUCAUGUAUGAAUCCUACUGCCGGUAGUUUCACGAUUAAUCCUCGUUUGCAAAGACAUUUUGCCGUUUUCGCUGUUAGUUUCCCAACCGAAGAAAAUUUACUAAUGAUCUAUAGUCAAAUGUUAGAGCAACAUUUGAUGAAUCCUUUUAAUAAAUUUAAUGUAGCAUUGUUAAAAGUUGCUGAUUCAUUGUUGCACGCAGCAUUGUUCUGUCACAACAGAAUUUCAUCGAUAUUUUUACCAACAGCAGUUAAAUUUCAUUAUCUAUUUAAUUUACGUGAUAUCUCAAAUAUUUUUCAAGGUUUACUUUUUGCAACUGGCGACACUGUCCCAACAGUAAAUUAUUUGAUUAGAUUGUACGUUCACGAAGCUACAAGAGUAUAUUCCGAUAAAUUGAUCAGUGCCGAGGACAAAAAAGUAUUUCAACAAUUGCUAAGAGAAUCACUUCGUAAGAAUAUUAGUGAAAUGGAUGAGAAUUUGAUAUAUGCUGAGCCAAUAAUUUUUUGUCAUUUUGCCGAAGGGAUCGGUGAACCAAAAUAUAUGCCAAUAAAAGAUUGGUCGCAAUUAACGAAGCUAUUGAAUGAAGCUUUGGUUAAUUAUAAUGAAUUGGUAGGCGCGAUGAAUUUAGUUUUAUUUGAUGAUGCCAUGUACCAAGUCUGUCAAAUAAAUCGUAUUUUGGAAGCACCAAGAGGAAACGCAUUGCUCGUAGGAGUUGGGGGAAGCGGAAAACAAUCUCUUUCUAGCCUUGCUUCUUUCAUCGCGGGUUUAGAAGUUUUUCAGAUACAAUUAAAAACAGGUUAUUCAAUGGCUGACUUAAGAACAGAUUUAUCCAAUUUAUAUCUAAAAUCUGGAUUGAAAUCAAUUGGAAUUACUUUCUUAAUGACCGAUUCUCACGUUGCCGAUGAAAAAUUUUUGGUUCUCAUAAACGAUAUGCUUGCUUUUGGUGAAAUUUCGGAAUUAUUUGCGGAUGAUGAAGUAGAUAAUAUUGUGAAUGCAGUUCGAAAUGAGGUAAAACAAAGCGGUUUGGUGGAUACAAAAGAAAAUUGUUGGAAGUUUUUCAUCAAUAGAGUUCGAUAUAAAUUAAAAUGCGUUCUUUGUUUCUCUCCCGUUGGAACAACUCUUCGAAACAGAGCUAGACAGUUUCCAGCAAUCGUGAAUAAUACUUCGAUUAAUUGGUUUGAAGGUUGGCCGGAAGAUGCUUUGAAAUCCGUUUCUAUUAGAUUUUUGGCGGAAUUAGAAGACUUACCAAAUGAAUAUAAACCAUCGGCUUCUUUAUUUAUGUCAUAUGUGCAUACUAGCGUUGACGAUGUUUCUUUGCUUUAUUUACAAAAUGAGAGAAGAUAUAACUAUACAACUCCAAAAACAUUUUUGGAGCAAAUUUCUUUAUAUUCGAAGCUACUCGUGGAGAGAACUUAUGAUGUAAAAUCCAUGAUCGAGAGAUUAAAGAAUGGAUUGGAUAAAUUAGAAUCUUGUGCUGGCCAAGUAAGCGAACUAAGAGUUGUCCUAGCAGUUCAAGAAGUCGAAUUGAAAAAAAAGAAUGAAAUUGCAGACAGAAUUCUUACUGAAGUUCGAUUAGAGAAUACGAAAGCGGAAGCGGAAAAAGCGAUUGUAUCGGAGGAAGAAGCAAAGGUAGCGGAAAUAAAAGAAACAGUAGCUGAAAAACAGAGACGAUGCGAUGAAGAUUUAGCGAAAGCAGAACCUGCAGUACGGCAAGCUGAAGCUGCUCUGGAUACCUUAAAUAAAAGUAAUUUAACGGAAUUGAAAGCUUUUGUAACGCCACCAGAACAAGUAGCGAUGGUAGUACAAGCUGUUCUAGUAUUAUUCGCUCCGAGGGGUGUAAUACCGAAAGAUAGAAGUUGGAAAGCAUGUAAAGCGAUGAUGGGUCACAUCGACACGUUUCUCUCGCAACUUCGUAAUUACGACAAAGAAAAUAUUCAUCCUGAAGUGGUGAAAGCUAUACAACCUUAUAUCAAUCAUAAAGAUUUUGACCCCGAAAUUAUUGUUACGAAAUCGCUAGCAGCUGCAGGUCUUUGCAGUUGGGUGAGGAAUAUAAUGGUUUUCCAUUAUAUUAACGAAACUGUAAAACCAUUAAGAGCUGCGCUUGCACAAGCUAAUGCUGAGCUAAAAGCUGCUAUGGAUCAUUUGAAUGCCUUGAGAACACGAUUAGCUGAAUUACAAAAAGUGCUCGACAUUCUAGGAGAAAGAAUGAAUGCAGCUUUAGCUGAAAAACAAAAAUGUCAGGAUGAAGCUGAUGCCACUGCUUUAACUAUCGAUCUCGCAAAUAGAUUGGUAAAUGGUUUAGCAUCCGAGAAAAUUCGGUGGACCGAAGAAGUAAAAAUGUUGACGAAUUCAUUCGUAAUGGUGCCAGGCGAUGUUCUUCUAGUAACUGCAUUUUUAUCAUACAUGGGAUGUUUUACUCGGAAAUAUAGACAUGACUUAAUGUUCGAUCAUUGGUUACCGUUCUUGGAAAAGUUGCAAGUGAAAAUACCAAGAACUACCGAUUUAGAUAUCCUAGCUUUAUUGACUGAUGAUGCACAAAUUGCACAAUGGAAUAACGAAGGACUACCAUCCGAUAGAAUGUCUUCCGAAAAUGCAACAAUUUUAAUGAAUUCAGCGAGAUGGCCUUUAAUGAUAGAUCCACAGUUACAAGGACUUAAAUGGAUAAAGAAUCGAUAUGGCGAAGAAUUACAAGUGCUUAGGCUUACUCAACCAAAUUAUUUACAUAUGAUUGAAAUUUCUAUUGCGAAUGGUGCAAUUGUUUUAAUUGAAAAUAUAAUGGAAAGUAUCGAUCCUGUUUUAGAUCCAGUUAUUAAAAGAGAUCUAAUAAAGAAAGGAAAGGCGAUAAAAAUUUGGGAUAAGGAAGUAGAUUAUGAUCCUCAUUUCCGGCUAAUUAUACAAACAAAGUUAGCUAAUCCUCAUUAUAAACCUGAAAUACAAGCACAAACCACUCUUAUCAAUUUUACCGUUACGAAAGAUGGUUUGGAAGAACAACUUCUAGGAGAUGUUGUAAAAGCCGAAAGACCUGAUUUAGAAUCGAAAAAAGCUGAAUUAACUACUCAACAAAAUACCUUUAAAAUUAGUUUGAAAGCAUUGGAAGAUGAUCUAUUGCACAGAUUGUCAGCUGCGGGACCAGAUAUUUUGAGCGAUGUCGAUCUGGUAAUCAAUCUUGAAACCACGAAGAAAACUGCAGCAGAGAUAGAAAUAAAAGUAGCAGAAGCUAAAAUAACCUCGAUAAAGAUAGACGAAGCUCGAGAAAUUUAUCGUAUCGUCGCGGCCAGAGCUAGUCUUUUAUAUUUCGUUUUAAACGAUUUAUACAAAAUAAAUAUGCUCUAUCAAUUUUCUUUGAAAGCUUUCAGCGUUGUCUUUCUAAACGCUAUUAAAUUCGCAGAACCUUCGGAAGAAAUAACUAAACGUGUGGAUUUUUUAAUCGAUAGUAUUACUUAUCUAGUUUUCACUUACACAAGUAGAGGUUUAUUUGAAGCUGAUAAAUUGACUUUUCUCACUCAAAUGACUAUUCAGAUUUUUAUGGAAGCAAAAGAAAUAACACAAUCGGAACUUGAUUUUCUAUUAAAAUUUCCACAUAUGAUCGAUUUAGUCAGCCCUGUAGAUUUUUUAACAGAUGUUGGCUGGGGUGGAAUCAAAUAUUUGAGUCAAAUGGAUGAUUUUCAAAAUUUAGAAAAGGAUAUAGAGGGUGCUGCGAAAAGAUGGAAAAAAUUUGUUGAAUCGGAAACACCGGAACGAGAAAUUUUUCCACAAGAUUGGAAAAAUAAGACUGCUCUUCAAAGAUUAUGUAUUAUGAGAUGUCUUAGAUUAGAUCGUAUGACUUAUGCGAUCAGAUGUUUCGUGGAAGAAAAACUUGGUUCAAAAUUUGUUGAGUCCAGAUCUCCUCCUUUUCAUAAAUCCUUUGAAGAGACGAGUCCUAUCACGCCUGUAUUUUUCAUUCUCUCUCCUGGUGUUGAUCCUUUAAAAGACGUAGAAAAUUUGGGAAUACAAUUAGGUUUCACUUUCGGAGGUAGAAAUUUCCAUAAUGUAUCAUUGGGUCAAGGUCAAGAACCCAUAGCUGAAGAAGCAUUAGAAUUAUCGGCUAACGAAGGUCAUUGGGUAAUUUUACAAAAUAUCCAUCUUGUGAAGAAAUGGUUACCUGAUCUGGAAAAAAAAAUGGAACAAUGUGCAGAGAGUCCCCAUGAUGAUUAUCGAUUGUUUAUUAGCGCGGAACCAAGUGCAGAUCCUCACGAAUCAAUAAUACCUCAAGGUAUAUUGGAAUCGGCCAUAAAAAUUACGAAUGAACCACCAUCAGGAAUUCAAGCGAAUAUUCACAAAGCGUUGGAUAAUUUCACUCAGGAAACUCUGGAGUCUUGUAGCAAAGAAACUGAAUUCAAAGCUAUAUUAUUUGCACUUUGUUAUUAUCAUGCCGUAGUUGCAGAACGUAGAAAAUUUGGAGCACAAGGAUGGAACAGAUCUUAUCCAUUCAAUUUUGGAGAUUUAACGAUUAGCGUAUCCGUUCUAUUUAAUUAUUUGGAGAAUAGUAUUAAAGUACCUUGGGAAGAUCUUCGUUAUUUAUUUGGAGAAAUAAUGUAUGGUGGCCAUAUAACAGAUGAUUGGGAUAGAAGACUAUGUAAAACAUAUUUAAUAGAAUAUCUAAAACCAGAAUUAGUUGAAGGCGAAUUAUAUCUCGCACCAGAUUUUUUAGUACCACCAAGUCUUGAUUAUCAUGGAUAUCAUGAAUAUGUCUAUAAUUUUUUACCAUCUGAGAGCCCUGUUCUUUAUGGACUUCAUCCUAAUGCGGAAAUUGGAUUUUUAACAUCAACUGCGGAAAAUUUAUUUAAAACAUUAUUGGGUAUGUUAACGAGAACCGUUAGUGAUACAACAGUCGGAGAAAUUUCAAGAGAAGAAAAAAUGAAAGGACUUAUAGAAGAUUUAUUAGAUAAACUACCAGAAGAAUUUAAUAUGCUAGAACUUUACGGCAAGGUGGAAGAUCGCACACCGUUUGUUACUGUUGCCUUACAAGAAUGCGAACGAAUGAAUGUAUUAUGUGAAGAACUUAAAAGAUCUCUGCACGAGUUAGAUUUAGGUUUGAAGGGAGAAUUAACGAUCAAUCCCGAAAUGGAAAUUUUACAAAAUUAUAUAGUUAUGGAUGCUAUUCCUCCAUCUUGGGAGAAAAAAGCUUAUCCUUCAGAAUUAGGAUUAAAUAGUUGGUUUGCAGAUUUAUUGAAUCGAAUAAGUGAAUUAUCUAAUUGGACUGCCGAUUUUAAUUUACCAUCAUCAAUAUGGCUAGGAGGUUUUUUCAAUCCUCAGUCAUUGCUUACUGCAAUUAUGCAACAAACUGCACGCAAAAAUGAAUGGCCAUUAGACAAAAUGUGUUUAUAUUGUGAAGUAUUGAGAAAAUACAAAGAGGAAAUUAUAUCAGCACCAAGAGAAGGUGCAUAUAUUAAUGGAUUAUAUAUGGAAGGUGCACGAUGGGAUAUGCAAGCAGGAUGUAUUAUGGAUUCUCGAUUUAAAGAAUUAUUUCCAUUAUUACCAAUAGUGUAUAUUAGAGCUAUUACACAAGAUAAACAAGAUUUAAAAAAUAUGUACGAAUGUCCCGUAUAUAAAACACGAUCACGAGGUCCAACUUAUGUGUGGACAUUUAAUUUAAGAACUAAAGAGAGGGCUAGUAAAUGGAUUCUUGGAGGUGUGGCAAUUUUAUUACAAGUUUAGUUGUAUUUAUGAAAUAAAUGUACAAUUAAAAAAUAAAUUGAAUGUUUUUUAAAUUAAAAAAACAAAAAGACUAUAUUAGUUUUAU